CAGAGAACUGGAUGUCAUUCCGACCCUUGGCCUGUAGGUACUCAGAUCAGUCAAGAUAUAGGGAUUGACAUUUGUUACCACGUUGGAGGAACAAUUAACAAUAAACGUCGUUAGCCGUGUUGAUUUCCCACAACGUGGCGUUUUUGAGACAUAAAUACGACGUCGUUGUAGUGCGCCUUGCCCUCCAACGCCACUAAAAAUGCUGUCUGAGGUUGUCUCUUUCCUUGUUGGACUUUGUAUCGUCUCUUCCAUUGCAUGGACAGCGCUUCGUCACCAUGUCAAAAAGACGACGAUGGUCUUUUCCCAUUUCGAACUGCUCCGCACCAAACGCAAUGGGAAAAAAGUGGAAGGGACAGCUGUGAUCGCCGGGGGAAGCAUUUCGGGAUACGCUACUGCCCGUAUCCUAUCCGAUUAUUUCACACAAGUCGUGAUCAUCGAGCCGGAUCACCGUAUCGAGAGAACUGCAACGCGUGUUGCCCAGCGUGGCCACAUCCAUUUCCCACUGCCAAUGACAAUCAUCAUAUGCCGAGCACUUUACCAAGGUUUCGAUGAGGCUGUUCGUAGGAUGGGUUACAAGAUACGCCCCUCCUUUCGACGUUUGAUAUUCGGCAGUCUCUGGAAUUGGAGGUCUACAGCAACACACCCUGGACUCGAGUACCAUAGAGUCCAACUGGAGGAGGUCUUCCGUGAGCUGGCUGCCUCCUACGUAGGGGAUUCCUUGGAAGUUAUCCAGGGGACUGUCACCAAUCUACAUACCCCUCCUGCACCACAAUCAGCUUCAAUCUCUGCCGUGUCCUACAGACCUUCGAUGGAAUCAGCUGAGACCGUCACAUUGCCCUGUGUAUUUUUCGCGGAUUGCAGUGGAGCGAACGCGAUAGCGUCGAAAUUGCUCCCUCAGGCAGCGGCUGAUCAUUCAAAGCCUAACUCCACAACAACCGCCAUUGUGCCUCAUUGGGGACCAUACACUCGGCAUUCGUAUUCACCAAACGCGGUGUAUAGAUGCUUUUACGUUCCUGUAAAGGGUGAGAAGUUGAAGAGCCGUAUUGCCAAGUUAGUACCACGGAACGACCCCAACUGGGGAAAUUGGGACGAAUUGACUCUGUUGUAUUUCCAACUCCCCAUGUUCGAUGUGGGCGGAUGCGGGAAAGGACCAAGAGAAGGCAUCAUUAUCGAGAAGGUUUUUGAUAACGAGGUGCUUAUGAAUUACAUCGGCGUCGGCGAUGUGACACCACCCAGCAAUUUAGCUCAACUCGAUCAAAUUUUUCGUGACACGCACGAAGAGUUGUUCAAGCUUAACCCAGCGCUGCAAGACAUUUCGCUUUGGGUUUACGAGUUAUUCGAUCUUUUCCGCGAGAGUCAGGUUGAUGAUGAGAUCCAGAUACUUCCUGCCAAAUUGUCUACCUCGUGGUAUAUCGACUACUUAUCAGCACCCACGCCCAACAAUUUCGUCGCAGUAGGAGAUUCUGUUAUGUUCGUGAAUCCACUCUUUGCCCAAGGGAUGAUGAAGGCAUUGGGGAGUGUCGCCGUGCUCAAUACAGCAUUGCACAGGCAUAUCACCGACUCCACCAACGAUGCUAAUGUCGCCUCGCUGCCGAUUUCGCGUUCCUAUUUCGAAUUGGCCAAUCAAAUCUGCAUCCCCAUCUACGACCUCAAUCGUUCGCUCGAUUUUGGCUUCCUAAGCUCGACCCCGCAAGAGGGGGACACUCUUGAAUACGGUGCCAGAUUCAGGGCGUAUUGGAAGUAUUUAAACCAAGCUAGCCAAAAGAACACAAUGGUUGCAAAUACCCUGGAUGGUGUGGUACAUGGAGUCAGGCCGGGUGUGGAUUUGUUUAACCCGAUCAUUGUGGCACGGGUUUUGUGGGAACGACUUCUAGGUUGAAACGUAAAGCUCGGCGUUUGGCAGAUUUCCCUGCUUCCAUUUCACAUGCCACAACUGCACCCAUUGAAAUUUUUGGUUCUCCAGAUUCUCUCCGUGUUGAUACAAUGGAGGUAUUUUUUGCACUGCGUUGGGUUUACCCACGACAUGUGUGACUUGCCGUGCAAUUAAUCUUUGUUUCAAUUCCUGGACUCUACGCGAUUCCAAUGAAUUUCCGUAGCCCAUCCUGAAGGAGUUGGACUC